AUGAUCACAUUCAUCCCGCUCUCGGUACCCUACGCCACUGCGGCCUCAGCGGCCGCGGAGGUGGAGGGAUCUGAAAAGAGCGUGCGAACCAAGCUCGCAUCGGAUUCAGCAUCCUCCGAGGAACAAGAGCAUCCACGCGCACUCGCCUACCUGCUGCAGAUGGACGAUGUCCGAGUGCUCAUCGACUGCGGGUCCACCGAGGACUUUCUUUUCCAUGGUACGUCGUCGCAGUCAGACGAUAGUGCAGACGCUGAGGCGGAAUCACAGCCGCAACCUGAAUCUUCUUCUAUGGCUCAGCAAAGACAAGCUUCCGACCUCGACAUCAACCAUCUCAAAGCGGCUCCUCUCGACACACUCCUUCGACAGCUAGCAUCCACAAUUGAUCUUGUUCUGCUCUCGCAUUCUUCGCUCGACCACUUGGGCCUCUAUGCCUACGCUCAUGCCAACUUGGGUCUGCGGUGUCAGGUGUACGCUACCAUGCCGGUGCAGAGCAUGGGCAAGCUCACCGUGCUCGAAGCCAUACAAACGUGGAGGAGCGAGGUCGAUAUCGAAAAGGAAUGCACGUCUGCAUCGACACGUCGCUGCCUCGCUACGCCCGACCAAGUGGAAGACGCAUUCGAAGAGAUCAAGACGGUGCGAUACAUGCAACCCACCCAUCUCGAGGGCAAGUGUGCCAGUCUUACGCUCACAGCCUACAACGCAGGGCACUCGCUCGGCGGUGCUGUGUGGAAAAUCCGCAGUCCUACCUCGGGCACCGUCGUCAUUGCGCUCGACUGGAACCACAAUCGUGAGCGUCAUCUCGACGGCACGAUCCUGCUCUCGUCUUCUGCAGCUGCGCCUGGCGCGCCUGGAUCCGGAGCAAGCGCUUCGGACGCUGUGCGACGUCCAGAUCUUCUCAUCACCGAGAUCGAGCGUGGGCUGGUCGUAAAUACGCGUCGUAAAGACCGAGACGCAGCUCUGAUCGAUCUAGUCCACACCACCAUUCAAGCGGGUAAUUCGCUUCUGUUCCCCGUCGACGCCUCGGCACGUCUGCUCGAACUCAUGGUGCUGCUCGAUCAGCAUUGGGCUUAUGCUUAUCCUCACGCUCGUUUCCCGCUCUGCCUGAUCAGCCGUACGGGUAAAGAGGUGAUCGAACGGUCUCGCACCUACAUGGAAUGGAUGACGCGCGAAUGGGCGACCAAAGCCAACGAGACGAUUGAGGCAGACAAAGAUACGUUGCCAGCCAAAAUGCAGCAACGCAACGCUCGCGGCGGCGGUCUUCGCCCAGCUGCUGCUUCUUCGCCCCUCGACUUCAAGUACGUCAAAGUGUUUCCUACUUUGCAAGCAAUGGACGAAGCCAUACCGCAAGAUCAAGCCAAAGUCGUUCUCGCCGUUCCACCGUCCAUGACUCAUGGUCCUUCACGGAAGCUUUUGGCGCGCUUCGCUCAAAAUCCCAACGACGUCGUGGUGCUCAUCUCACGCGGCGAACCCGGUUCGCUCUGUCGUGAGCUGUGGGAUGCGUGGAACACGAACCAGUCGAAAGGAUUUUCCUGGUCACAGGGCAAACUCGGACAAGCCGUCGUAGCGAGCAACACGUCGCUUCGGUUUGAGCUGAAAAGUAAAGUUCCGUUGGAAGGCGACGAGCUGCGUGCGCAUCGAGAGGCAGAACAAGCGGAACGCGAGCGUCUGGCGCAACAGAGAGCGUUGCUAGCGCGAUCGAGAAGACGGUUGGAGGCGGACGAGGAUGAUUCUUCCGAUUCGGAUUCCGAGGGAGGCGAAGAAGGUGAAAACGAAACUGUCUACGACGUGGCCGGCGGUGCGGAUGAACCAGGCGGAGCGAUGAUUCGCAAACGUCCGUACGGGGUAGCCUUCGACGAAGCAACCAAUCCUGGUGGAGCAUUGUCUGGUGGAGCAGGCGCAAGUGGCGACACGAACCAGCUCUCAUUCGACAUCUACCUCAAAGGCAAUGCGAGUCGCGCCACUUCAUUCUUUGGCUCAAAAGCAGGACAAGAAGGGCCGUUUGGUCUGGGCGUGCGCUACCGUUUAUUCCCGGCUAUCGAACGCAAACGGCGUGUGGAUGGGUUUGGCGAGGUGAUCGAUGUGACACGCUGGCUUUCGAGGCGUCGUGCGCUCGAAGCUGCCGAAUCCGCAGCUGCUGAUCCUCUCUCGGAAUCGGCAACGCUCACCGCCGAAGCCAAACGCAAACAGCUUGCUGCUCAGGAAGAAGCACGUGCGGCUGCGGUUCCUUGCAAGUUCAUCACGCAACUCGUCUCGGUACAGCUCAACUGCAAGGUCGCCUUUAUCGAAAUGUGCGGCUUGAACGACGGACGCGCGUUGAAAACGCUGAUCCCGCAACUGCACCCACGCCGGCUGAUCAUGGUCAAUGGUGAUCGCGAGACCAACGCCGACAUGCUCGAUGUGCUGGAUGCGAUCAAGUCGCUCACUCGCGACAUUUCGGCACCACGUUGGUUAGAGAGUGUGCAGAUUGGUCAGGUGACGAAUUCGUACACGGUACAGUUGGGUGAGGGACUGUUGUCAAGGUUGGAAUUGAGCAGGUUUGAGGAGUUUGAAGUGGCACAUGUGCGCGCGUUGGUUCGAAGGGGGAUGGGUGAUGCAGAGAUGGGUGGCGUGGCGAUGUUGGAGACCGAAGAGGAUGUGGCUGCUGCGACCGCAGCUGCGGCCGAGCAAGCAGAGCGAGAGGAUACGGCCAAGCAAAAUGUGCUGGAUGAGUUGGCUUUGUCUGGGAUUAUGAGAAGCGUUGCUUCGCAGACCAUCCGAGCUUCGCGCUUCGGUGCUUCGAGUAGCGUCGAUUGCGCGCACUCACCAGUGCAGGGAACGCUGUUCAUCGGAGACCUCAAGCUGUCAACGCUCAAAGCGCUCCUCUCGUCUUCGCCGUACCGUUUACCUGCCGACUUUGCCGGUGAAGGUAUGCUUGUCUGUGCUCCAGCCACCAUGACCGCUCCAGACGCUGUCAGCGUGUCCAAAAGGGGCAAAGGCAGGAUUGUCAUAGAGGGCAACGUCACCAGAAACUUCACAUCGGUCAGAAACGCUGUUUAUGGCUUGCACGCUCGCGUCGCCGGUGGCGUCUCGCUUGCGCACCAAACGCAUGAGCAGCACUGA